AUGAUAGAAGCAGUAGAUAAUACAGGGAGAACCCCAUUGCACUAUGCAGCUAGUUAUGGUAAAAAUCUAAUAGUAAAACUACUCUUAAAGAAUGAUAGUUCAAUCAAUGCAAAAGACUGUAAUAAUGUAACUCCUCUUAUGCUGAGUUGUUACAACGAACAUAUGGAUGUAAGUAAGAUAUUGCUGGACAAGGACCCAGAUAUCAACUGUGCAAAUGAUUAUGGGUGGAGCGCAUUACACAUUGCUUCCUUUAAAGGACUUACUGUCAUAGUUGAGUUGAUACUGAAAAGAAAUUGUAAAAUUUUAGAUAGCAAAAUAAGCACUGGAGCAACACCUCUUUAUCUUGCAUGUGAAAUAGGCAACGAUGUGAUAGCUUUAACAUUACUGCAAAAUAAUGCAGAAGUUAACUGCGGGACUGGUACAGGGAGUACGCCUUUGUACAUAGCAAGCCAGAAAGGUCAUAAAGGUUUGGUCAAAUUAUUACUAAAGUUUGACGCUUCUGUCCAUAUAAACACAAUAAAUGGAUUUACACCUCUUCAUGCAGCCGUAUUAGCUCAGAACACAGAUAUUGUUCAAUUGUUAUUGAAUCAUGACGCCCUAGUUAAUACAGUUGGAGGAGAAAGAAUUAUUUCUUUACAUUUAGCCUGCGAAAAUGGCGACCAAGCGAUGAUUGAUUUCUUUAUAUAA